AUGGAAGCUAAUGCUAAGUUAUGUGCUCAUGCUAGGAAGGACUUGCAAGAUGGAGCAAUGUAUCGACAACUGGUGGGAAGUCUAAUCUACCUUACAUUGACUCGACCAGAUAUUUCUUAUGCAGUUGGAGUAGUAAGUCGAUAUAUGCAGCAACCAAAGAAGCCACAUUUGGAAGUAGUACGACGAAUACUAAGAUAUGUCAAAGAUACCAUUAACUAUGGUCUCUUCUAUAAGAAAGGGGAUGAGGUUAAGAUCAUUGGCUACUGCGAUGCUGAUUAUGCUGGAGAUCAUGAUAUCCGACGAUCAACUACUGGGUAUGUAUUCAAGAUUGGAUCUGGAGUAGUGUCUUGGUGUAGCAAAAGGCAACUAACAGUGUCUUUGUCAACCACAGAAGCAUAG